AUGGUGCUGACUGAUUUUCUCACGGAGACGAGAAGGCGAUGGUUGAAGGCCUUCAAACUCUUCAAGAAAAGCAAGAACCGUAAGCCACCACGAAACCGAGUGUCUCCAGCGCUGGUGCGCUCGCCUUCCUACAGCGGCACUGUGGACGCCCGCCCGGAGAUAGAUAUCCAACACUUCUGUCCCUGUCGCACCUCUCUCCCACCCCUACAUCUCGCCAACGAGUCCUACGAGAACGCCUCGUAUUACAGUAGCUACAACAGCUAUAGCUCGCACAAUAACAGCCUGCAGAGUUACACAGAGUCGAACGAUGGUGGGAGGUCGGAUUCCGCUUAUGAGUCCACAAGGAGCAGUCCGGCUCACACGAGGCCGGUCUGUUACGCGACAGUCACUUACUUCAACGUGAACGACAGCGAGGACAGCUCCAGUAUCCACACCGAGUACACCAUGCUCGACUACGACCCUGACGCAGAUGAAGACGAGAGUGCCCAAAAUAUUAUCAACGAAAGCAUUGAGCUCGUCAGCACGUUAUGA